ACAGCCGGCCGCGCCGUUUCCUCAGGCCGCCGCCCCGCAGCGCGGGCAGCCGCCCGCCCGCCGCCGUGGCCGAGCGCCGGAGCCGCUUCCCUCCCCUCACCCUACACGGAGGCGCAGGCGGAGGACGAGGAGGCGGGUGGGUUUCACCCCCAGGGGCUGCCGAGGGCUGCGCCGCCGCCGCGCUGACAGGAGCCGGGCCGCGCACAGGACGUGGUGGGCACCCUCUGCCUGGUUUCUGUGGUAGCCGCGUUGGAUUUCAAGUACCACCAUGCCGGGGACCUGGAGGCGUACCUGAAGGGGGUCCAUGGCGCGUACCCCUCCCUCACCCACUUGCACAGCAUCGGGCGCUCGGUGGAAGACUGUUGGGAGAGAAAUGCUGCUGCAUUUGAUAGACUUCCUGGUGACCAGCUAUAGACGUGACCCAGUUAUUACCCGGUUACUCAAUAAUACCCGGAUUCAUAUCAUGCCAACAAUGAAUCCUGAUGGAUUUGAAGCUACAAAAGUGCCUGAUUGUUAUUACACACAAGGAAGGUACAAUAAGAACGGACAAGAUCUGAACAGAAAUUUUCCUGAUGCCUUUGAAAGUAACAACGCUAGCAUCCAGCCUGAGACUCAAGCAGUAAUGAACUGGAUAAAAAAUGAAACGUUUGUUCUUUCAGCAAACUUGCAUGGGGGUGCCCUGGUUGCCAGUUACACCUUUGAUAAUGGUAACUCAGUUACUGGCUCCCUGAAAGGCUACAGCAGGUCUCCAGAUGAUGAUGUCUUUAUUCAUCUGGCAAAAACCUACUCUUUCAACCAUGCCAGCAUGUACAAAGGGAACGGGUGUGACAACAGACAGACCUUUCCAGAAGGCAUUACCAAUGGGUAUUCUUGGUACCAGCUGGAAGGUGGCAUGCAAGAUUACAACUAUGUCUGGGGACAGUGUUUUGAAAUUACAUUGGAGCUGUCAUGCUGUAAAUAUCCUCCAGCAGACCAACUGGAAGGCUUCUGGAGAGACAACAAAGCUGCUCUGAUAGAAUAUAUAAAACAAGUACAUCUAGGCGUCAAGGGUCAAGUUACUGACAAGGAUGGGAAUCCUAUUCCCAAUGCCAUCGUGGAAGCCAAGGGAAGGCCUCAUGUCUGCCCUUACAGAACAAAUGAACAAGGGGAGUACUAUCUUCUCCUUUUGCCUGGGACGUACGUGAUCAAUGCUACUGUCCCGGGAUUUAAAUCGAUGCUGAAGACAGUGGAAAUACCUGACAAUACUGGCAACUUCAGUGCUUUGAAACAAGACUUCUCUUUCUCAGAAGUCGCUAUCAAGUCAACAGCUGUUUCGUGUCCCAAAACUCCCCUCUACCAAGAGCUCGAACGGACUUCAGCUGCAGCAAAGCCAACUCUGCAUAUCUUGGUUUUAAUGACCGCUAUGCUUGUAAUUUUCAAAUAAAGUCAAGAAUGGCAUGACACAGCAAGGCAAAAUCUUCCUGCACAAGUGUGGCUUUUCAGACAAGGAACUCUAUAAGCAAAAGAACGUAUGUUUUUAUAAACCAAAUUCUCAGAUUUACAAUCGUGUUUACUGUAUUUUGUAAAAUACUGGCUUGACAAUCAAAUGUUUUACUUUAAUUAUAAGAGACUAUCAUAUUUUUCUACGUAAGUAUUUUACUCUAAAGAAAUUUUGUACAGCCUAUGGAGGCAACUGUAGGAUUUUGAUGCAGAAAGUAUAAAUACAUUCUGAAGAAUCUGCCUCAGCUCAAAGAAGUCUAGGAUUGCACUGCAAAUGUUUCAUGAAAGCUCAGGUUCCUUGUUGAACCAACAGCUACUGUGCCACACAGCUGUAAGCGCUUAGCUCAGUGCCCAGUUCUUGUAAUAAAGCCACUGCUAAAAAUAA